AUGGCAGCAUCCGAAAUACCUCUCAAGACUUUCUGGGACCAAAAUCAUGUCAGUGAAUUGAUAGAACAAGAAUGUCAUCCUUCAAUGAAGGCAUCUUCGACGUCGCAUGUGCAGCUUUCGAUCCGACUUGCACUUCCCGAACAAGCGGAAGAAAUCAGAGAGAUGGUCAAUUGUGCAUAUCGAAAAGAAGGUCACGUUUUUAAAUUAGGUGAAGAUCGAAAACGAACAAACGAUAAUGAAGUCAAACGCCUCAUUGAAGAUAGCUUAACAACACCCCAUGGAAUUGUGUGUCUUUUAAAUGCAGAAAAUAACGAUGUGUUAGGAUCAAUCUUUAUCCAAUUUAAGAAAGAUCCACAAACAAUUUAUUUUGGAAUGCUAGCAAAGGGGAAAAGAAAAUACAAGCCGGUUCAACAUUUUCUUUUGGCGGUUUGCAGAAUAUAUCUUUUGGACAAUUAA